UAUGAAGGUGGAAGGCAAGGUGAAGUUUGCAACACUAGCAGAGAGAGACAGCUCCAUCUCAGGGGAUUCCAGAGUGCCUAAGAUGGUCGAGCGGUUCUCGCGAGAUUACGGAGCCAAAAUGGGAGCAGUGGGACCUCCUGUGAAAAAAAGCAUGAAUCAGACACGUCUCCGACGUUCAGGAGAUGAACGAACAUUAGGCAGUCGAACACAGAAGCAACCCAACGGGAAAACGAGGACUGAACAGUUGGGCGUUUGGGAGUAA